UGCUUAGGUCAUAUUUUCAAAUCGGCCUUAUUUUUUUUCUUUUUUUUUUUAUCGCCAAGAUCGUCUUCUUCCCACUUCAUUGCCAAGGAAUAAAACAAACGUAGCAGAAACCAUAUUGACGUAAAGACCUAGAUAUAAAACUUCAGCUAUAGUCGUUGUAAAGGGGGAAAGAACUUCCUUUUGCUCAAAGCUCAUACAUCCUACUUCAACCUAGAUUUGCCCUUCCCCCCAUCUUUUUUUUUUUCUCGUCUAAAACAAUUUAAGGGACCAACAAGCUCAACAUGACGAUUUCAUCCAGAUCAAGAUCCAAUUAUGAAACUACUCCGAGUAGUCAUACUUGGUUCGAUGACAUAUUUGCGAGUUAUAAAGUGCCUGCUGAACUAGGCAAAGAAGAUGUCACAGAUCCUAGUACAGGGAAUGCCAUUCGUUUACAAUCCCGCUAUUUGGGUAAUGCUUGGAUGUAUUGCGGAUCUCAUUCGAGUCAAGUGAUGGUUUAUGAAAUUGUACAAUCUGAAAUAUCUGAUUUUAUAUCAGAUCAUCAGCUGCUUCACCCAUCGACAUCGAACGAUCAACAGCCAUCCUCAUCGCAUGGAAACAACUCAACGACAACAACAACGAAUCUGGAUUUGCAUUCGUUUCGUCGAAGUAGUAGCACAAGUAGCCAUAGUAGUAAUGGCAGCUCCAGUGGCGGUGGGAGCGGAGGCGAAGACAAUAUCUCUGCAUUACCGCCCAAAAAGCGUAGACGUCGGAAAGUUAUCCAUUAUCAAGUGAUAUUCUCUACUUUGUUGUCUGAAGAUAUGACAACACAUAUCGAUCCUAAUCAAAAUAGAUAUUACUUAUUUCCUAAAGAAGCUAUUUUGGAUACUGUGAAUGAUAUGCCCCCUUUUGAGGCAUAUAUAUCCUUUCAUCUACCUGAUCAUUUGAAAGAAAAACGAAUAGCAGCCACUUGUAGUACAACAACUGUUGAUUCUGUCACAUCAUCUAUACCUCCUAUAUCAAUAAGGCUGUCGGGUAUGUCCAAUACACUUUACGUAGCUUUAAAACAGACGAUCUCGGAGUUUGAGAAUACAUACGAAAAGAUGAUGGCCUUGAUGAAAUUACAUAAGCAGCAAGUGUCAGCACAACGAUUUGAGCUGGAUGAAGAAGAUUUGAAGUUUGAGAGUAUCAUUACACAAAGGAUCAACAAUCAUGGCAUGAAUGGGUGGACAGGGAGUGAGGAGGAGGAGGAGGAGGAGGAGUUGGAGGACGAUGUUGAUAUUGAUGAAGAUGGGGAAAUUGCAGGCGAUGAUGAUUAUGGUAAGAGUGAAGCUGUUUGAAUGUAAGUCAUUGUAAUCCUUAAUAUACCUGCUGACUUAUUCAUUGUCUGGAACAUAAAGUGGAGCAUGCCACUACUGUGUCUGCAAGGGCAGAUCAGCAACAGCAGCAGCAACAGCAGCAGCAGCAACAGCAAUAUACAAAACGAAGCAGUACUGCAUAUCAGCAUCAGAGCAAUAACCAACAUUCC